AUGGAAAUAUCAACAUCAAAAGAUCUACUAUCAAGUUCUAAAAUAUUAUCAUCCGUCGUUAAUCUCGAAAGAACGACUGAUUCAUACACGAAUCAAGAUACCAUUACUCAUGCUGAAUUGAGUUCUACAGAAACCACAGCAUUAAAUGAUAGGAUAGAUAUUAUUUCUUCAAGUAUUAGUCCACCAACAGACUCACCAUCUGUAUUAAUUCAAUCGUCCAGUUCAGAACAAGUUCAGAAUAAAUUGAUAACAACCACUACUAAUAGUGCAAUAGUAACUUUAUCGCAAAGUGAAGCUAAUACAGAUACAACGACUGCGCCUGUAAUAAACUCAAUAUCGUCAUCAAUUUCGAACAAUUUCGUAGAUCGAUCUUCACAAAAGAACUUCGAAACAACAACUUCAAUUUUAGAAAUAUUAUUUGAUCAUUCAAAAGACAUUUCAGAACAAAUAAUAUUUUCUACAACUUUAUCUUCAACAUCAAAAGAUCUACUAUCAAGCUCUAAAAUAUUAUCAUCUGUCGUUAAUCUUGAAAGAACGACUGAUUCAUACACGAAUCAAGAUACCAUUACUCAUGCUGAAUUGAGUUCUACAAAAACCACAACAUUAAGUGAUAAGAUAGAUGUUAUUUCUUCAAGUACUAGUUCACCAGCAGACUCACCAUCUGUAUUACUUCAGUCGUCCAGUUCAGAACAAGUUAAUAAUAAGCUGAUAACAAUACCAGAUACUGUCGACAAAAUGUCAACUAAUACUUUAAAAUUAUCCGAUCAUUACUCACCGUUGUCAAAUACCACGAUAGCAACGAUUGACAGUAAAACAACAGAUAAACUAACAUACUAUCAAACUGAAACAAAUCCGAGCAUUAUAAUAUCAUCUACUAUGAUAUUAAAUAUCACAUCAGUAGCACCCUAG